UAGACAUUCCACACGCAUUGUUCCUCUCUGCUGAUUUAGUUGGUGGUGUGGGAACGAAUAUUCGUUCAGUAAACCUUGUUUAUUUUGUCGUGUUUUAUACUGCUCCAACAAUUAAUAAACGUUGGAAUAAUUGAAAAUGGAGACGCUAUUAGAGCAACAGCGUCGUUAUCACGAAGAGCGGGAGAGACUGAUGGACGCGAUGGUUAAGGAACUGCUCCACAAGAAGCCUGGACAUCGGGAGAGUAUCAAUUCGGAGCAUCGGUUGAAGAUGCUGCUGGAUCAGUUUAUGGACAGCACAGGACAAUUGCAGGAGUUGUAUGAGGAUAAAGAUGGACAGCGCAAGGAAGAGGUCCAAGCUCUGUCUGGUCCCAACGAAUUCUCCGAGUUCUACACACGUCUGAAGUCCAUAAAAGAGUUCUAUCGUCGUCACCCGAACGAAAUAAGUGUUCCAAUGUCCGUGGAAUUCGAGGAGCUAGCAAAAAUGCGUGAGAAUCCAACGGAGGAGCUCUCAAACCUCGUGGAAUUCACCGACGAGGAGGGUUACGGUAAAUACCUGGACCUCCACGAGUGCUACGAGAAGUACGUCAACCUCAAGGGAAUCGAGAAGAUUGACUACAUAACAUACUUAUCGACUUUCGAUCACCUGUUCGAUAUUCCCAGAGAGCGCAAGAACGCAGAAUAUCGUCGUUAUGUUGAGGCACUGCUGGAGUAUCUAGCUGAGUACAUAGGCCGAGUUAAACCUAUUCAUGACAUACACGCAGAUUUGGUAGAGUGUCAGAAGGAUUUUGAGGUGCAGUGGGAGAACUGCACAUUCCCAGGGUGGCCCAAGGAGACUGGCAGUGCGCUGGCCAAUGUUGGAGCUCACCUGGAGCUCUCUGGCUUCUCCUCUUGGGAGGAACUUGCCUCUCUAGGUCUCGACCGUUUGAAAUCAGCUCUGAUGGCGUUGGGACUGAAAUGUGGAGGGACUCUGGAGGAAAGAGCCCAGAGACUAUGGAAAACCAAGAAUGGCGCACAGCUCGAUCCCAAUUCUCUAGUCAAGAACAGAAAUAAGAAGGCUAGAAAGGGAAAGGACAAUGAGAAGCAGAAGGAAAUUGCACGACUGGAGGCACAAGUUUAUAAACUGGCGGAGUUGGUAUCGAAUCAGCGAGUUGCUACCAAAGAAAAUGUCCAGAGGAAGCAGGCUAGGACUGAAGGGGAGCGAGGAGAUUCAGAUGCUGAGGCCAGUGCCAGUGAGUCGGAGGAAGAGGAUGAUAAUGAAGUCCCAUACAACCCCAAGAAUUUACCCUUGGGAUGGGAUGGAAAGCCGAUUCCCUAUUGGCUUUAUAAAUUGCAUGGACUCAACAUCAGUUAUAAUUGCGAGAUCUGUGGUAAUUUCACGUACAAAGGUCCUAAGGCGUUCCAGAGGCAUUUCGCUGAGUGGCGACAUGCUCAUGGCAUGCGUUGUUUGGGCAUCCCGAACACAGCACAUUUUGCUAAUGUGACGCAGAUUGAGGAUGCACUUGCUUUGUGGGAGAAGUUGAAGGCGCAGAAGCAGGCUGAGAGGUGGCAGCCUGAGCAGGAGGAGGAGUUUGAAGAUUCCCUCGGAAAUGUUGUCAAUAGGAAGACUUAUGAGGAUCUCAAACGACAGGGACUACUUUGAAUUUAUUUAUCAGGUUGUAUUAUGUGGAAUAAUAAAUAUUGGAAUUUUGUGUAGCUUUGAUAGGGAAAAUCAAUUUUUACUACGUAAAAUAUUAAAUAUAUUUGUUUUUAAGGUAACCACUAAGAGGAACGAUUCAUUGUCAAUGGAUUAUGUAUUAGAGAAAAUUAUUUGCACGACUCAUAUAGAGAAAAACAAUUUUCUAGCUUCCAGAACAACGUUACUGAUUUUGAGACACUCAUGGUUCUAUGGGGCAUUCUAGAAAGAAUAAUAAACUGGUUACUUUCAGAGCAAAAAUCUUGAAAUACAGUACCAAAAAAUAAGUGAGAAAAGUUUUUUCUGUUUCGUAUAUUCUGUGUUUAUUACAGAUCGGAUGCUAGAUUCUUUGGAGUUUUCUACUUGUCUGUGUUUAGAUGUUUGAGACCUGGGCCUACCCCCUCAGAUUCAGUUUUUAUGCGAUUUAUACAUAUUAUUUUUCAUCAUUAUUUAUUCAUUUAUCCAUUGAAAGGGAGUUAAUGUCCGCUUUUAUUAUGUUUAGAUUUGAGAAAAAAAUGAGAAGUUAUCUUUAAAAAUUGUCACGAUGAACAAUUCACGUUGUAAGGUUUAUGAAAUUCGGUGCAUCUAACAGUGAAAUCGGUUCCAUUUUCCAAGUAUGAUGAUGCAAGCUUUUGUGAAAAAAGUCCACCAAUUUUCAUAUCAAUUCUCUAUUAGAAGAUUGUUGAAACAUUUUCCGUUAGCAAUCUAUUUCGCCAAGCUUAUGCUGAACUUUCAAGGUCUGCGUGGGCUUUUCAAGAUUAAUUUUCACAUUUCAAAGUUUAUGAAGCUUAACAAAUAUAGUGAAUAAAUUACACAUACAUGUAUAAUAAAAAAAAAAUUAAUAUUCAUUUUUUAUUCAUAAUCUAAGAUAAAAUAUUAUAUAAAAUAUUCCUAAGUCUAGCAUAUCCUUGGCGAAAUAGAUUGCUGACCAAAAAUAUUUCACCUAUUUUUUAAUGGGGGAUAUAAAUAUUUCUAUGAAUGAAAAAUGCUGAAACUUGUGUUGACACCCUAUUCGUAGCUUUCUUCACUGUAUAGGGCAAUAGGGCUAUAUAGGGCAAUCUUCAGUGAAAUUUAGCUAUUCGUGUUGGAUUCCAUGAUAAUCAUCAAAUCCAAUAUUUGUAGAGAUGGCUAUUGAAAAUCGUAUAAUUUUUCUACUGAUUUAUGGAUGUAUCAGCCAUGUGUUUCCUCAAUCGUCCAAUUUGUAACGGCCAGCAAAAGAAUAAAAACCCAAAUGAUUAUUUUUUA